GUGCCGGGAAGAUCUUAUCCAACACGUCCGAGAAAGGAGCCGGGAACGGAUGAGGUAAAACAAGCUGAAUUCCGGCUAGAUUCUUGCGUGGCAGGGAGCGGUUUCGUCAUUCCACGGCGCGCGGCUAUUGUUGGCGUGGAGGCCCCCCUCCCCAGAUUCUUCUGCUCACGCACCCGAAAUCCACACCUCACAAACCACGCAACGGAGGCAACCCACAAAAAACACGCGCAGGAGGAAGCCUCCCCUUGUGCUCGUCCUUAAUCCCACGGAUUCGCCAGGUUAAUCCCACCAAGGCCAAGCUUUGACGCCGAAUCCGUGCUCUGCAGCUUCGAUUGCCCCCGCAGAGCUUCGUCUGUAGCUCCAGUUGAUUAGUGGGUUGCUUGAUUCGGUUCUUGUUUCGGAAACUGCGAGCGCGUCGAAUUGAGGUGCCAAGAUCAGAUUUGUGACGUCUAAUUGGAGUUCUGCCUCGUCGGGGGCAACGGAUUCGGUUGUUUUCUGCUCGGAAUUGCGGAUUGGAGCAGCUUGAUUUGGUGCUUCAGAGGUUACUCAGCUUCUGGUGACCAUGCCCGUGCCGGCGGCAGCCGUGUACACCAGCCUGCCGGGCGCCGUCUACACGCCGCCGGAGCUUGAAGCGAGCUCCUCCGGCUCGGCGCCGUGCUCGACCGCGGCGUCCCCGUCGCAGGCCAGCUCCCACCGCCACGCCGCUAUCUCCGGCGGCCUGUCCUGCCUCUUCUCGUCCCCAUCCGCUGCCCCGCGCGCUACGGUGCACGAGGAGCUCGGCGCACUGUGGCACGACAGAUCCGACGAGCCGACAGUCGCCGGCGGCGGCGGGGGUUACUCCUACCCCCAGUCGUCGUCGCCGUUCAAAUUGCGGGACUACCUCCACCGCAGUCCAGUGUCGCUGUUCCACAGCCCGGCCUCCUCGCCGGCGUCCCGGAGCCCGUCGGUUUCUUGGCUAGCCGGCUGCGAGCGCGAACGGCUCUUCUCCAGCAUCGUGCGCAACGCGCUCGGCUCCUGCAUUGACUACGCGCUAGUCACCAGCCUACCGCUUGGCGUCCCCGCAGCCGCUGGUGUCGACGCUGCUGAGCUGGCCUUUGAGCUCGACGAGAAUCUAUUAGAGGCGGAACCAUCCUGCGAGCCGUACGCUUGUGACCUCCUCGCCGGCGCCCAGGCUCGCCACCACAUCUUCCACGACGAGCUCGUCGUCAAGGCCUUCUUCGAGGCCGGGCGGGCACACCAUGGCCAGAAGCGGGCGAGUGGUGAUCCAUACCUGCAGCAUUGUGUGGAGACUGCGGUGCUUCUGGCCAAGAUCGGCGCAAAUGCAACGGUUGUGUCCGCUGGCCUUUUGCACGACACAAUUGAUGAUUCGUUCAUGGACUAUGAUCAUAUAUUCCGGAUGUUUGGCGCUGGUGUGGCCGAUCUUGUUGAAGGGGUGUCAAAGUUAAGCCAUUUGAGCAAACUUGCUCGGGACAGCAAUACUGCAAGUAGGACUGUUGAAGCAGAUCGCUUGCAUACAAUGUUUCUUGCAAUGGCUGAUGCACGAGCUGUCCUGAUAAAGCUAGCAGAUCGUUUGCACAACAUGGAGACGAUAGAAGCUUUGCCUUUGGUUAAACAGCAAAGGUUUGCUAAAGAGACUAUGGAAAUAUUUGUGCCAUUGGCCAACCGAUUAGGAAUUUCUAGCUGGAAAGACCAGCUGGAAAAUAUUUGCUUCAGACAUUUGAAUCCAGAGGAGCACAAGGAGCUUUCCUCUAAACUUGCAAUGUCUUUUGAUGAAGUACUUCUCACGUCUACUCUAGAUGAACUAGAUAAAAGUCUCAGAGAUGAAGGUAUUUCAUAUCACAAUCUUUCUGGGAGGCACAAGAGUCUGUACAGUAUAUACUUCAAGAUGAUAAAGAAGAACUUAACAAUGGAUGACGUCCAUGACAUCCAUGGUCUGCGGCUUGUGGUUGAGACAGAGCAAGAUUGUUAUCGAGCACUUGACAUUGUCCACAAACUGUGGCCUCGAGUCACUGGAAGAUUUAAGGACUAUAUAUUGCACCCGAAGCUGAAUGGGUAUCGAUCAUUGCACACCAUCAUCAUGUGUGAUGGCAUCCAUCCAUUUGAAGUCCAGAUCCGAACAAAGGAAAUGCAUCUACAGGCAGAGUUUGGGUUUGCUGCACACUGGAGAUACAAAGAACGGGGCUGCAGCCACUCCUUUGUACUCCAAAUGGUGGAAUGGGCAAGGUGGGUGCUCGCAUGGCAAUGCGAGGCAAUGAGCCAAGAGCGGCCCUCGGCUUCAGGCAGCUCUGUUGGCAUUAGGUCAUCAUGUCCCUUUCCCCUGCAUUCAGAUGAUUGCCCCUAUUCUUACAGCCAGCAGUGCAACCAUGAAGGUCCCAUAUUUGUGAUCAUGCUUGAACAUGAUAAGAUGUCUGUCCAAGAGCUGCCGACAAACUCGACUGUAGUUGAUCUAAUGGAGCGAGUCGGGGCCAAUAGUCCGAGAUGGAGCCCUUACAGCUUCCCGUUGAAAGAGGAGCUGCGACCAAGGGUUAACCACAAGCCAAUAAGUGAUCCGAACCAGAAGCUCUGCAUGGGCGACGUGGUGGAGCUGAUGCCUGCGCUCCCACACAAGUCGCUAACUGAGUACCGGGAGGAGAUCCAGCGCAUGUACGAGCGGGGUGGGUUCGCCCUCGCCACCACCCCAAGAAGCUGGCAUCGCCAUGGCACAUGUUAACCUGUUGUUGUACAAUACCCUGUAAAUAUGAACUAAUUCUUGCAGCAGAGAGCCCUGUUAUAAUAUAUGGGCUUAGCUUGUUAUAUUUGUAUAAUUUCAAAUAAAUUUUAAAGAUCCAACUAUGUGAGGCAGGUGUGUAUUCUUUA